AUGCAUCACCUCGUCCAACCCCACCAAUGGGUGUCGCUGAAGCUGCUUUCAGAAGACACAAAGGUGCUUCAGAUUAUCCCCAACACAACGAUUUCCCUGGGCAAGCUCGGCUCGUUUCCAAGCAACCUCGUCAUUGAGCGACCUUUCCACCUCACAUACGAAAUCCUCGACAGACGUGAUGGCGAAAACUUCAGUAGACUACGGGUCGUGCCCCCGAGCGAGAUCCACGCCGACGCCCUGGCGGAUUUGAAUGCCCAAAACGCCGAGGAAGAGGGCACUACCCUCGAGAACAUCAUUGCCGCCCCUGAUGGCGCCGAAUUUGAGUUGGUCGACAAGGAAAGCGGCGACGUCGUUGCGCAUUCGAGACGUGAGAUCAUCGAUGACGCUGCCCGCCAGACCCUGACCACCGAGGAGAUCGAGCAGCUCAAGCAGGGCAACAACACGGAUGCCGGCAAGGACAUUAUCGCGAAGCUGCUGCUGUCACACACCGCUAUCGACCAGAAAACGGCUUUCUCCCUGGCCAAGUACAAGCUACUCAAGACCAAGAAAUACAUACGCCGUUUCACGAUACAACCCCUCGACCCCUUGACGCUUGGCAAGUGGCUCUUGGAGGAGAAGGAUGCUGGAAAAGUGCUGGAGAUGCGGGAAGAGAUGAUGGGACUGAUUGGGUGCUGGGCCAACGUCCACUUUGGCGGCGUUCCCCCGACGGACAAGCCCGAAAUGGUAACGACCGACGGCUCGGGAAUGUUGGACAAAUCAGAAAUUGGUGGCCGGUGGUUGGUCGUGGACGAUACCGGCGGCCUGGUGACUGCUGCCAUGGCCGAGAGAAUGGGCAUUCUGUACCCCAAAGACCCGGAAGACGUUGAGGCGACCGGUUUCCAGAGAGAUGUUGCCGGCGAGGAAGCAACUGGAGAGAAGACAGUAGAGGCUACCACCAACGGCGCUGCGUCGCAAACUAAGCCCGAGGAGACCAGCAUCGCAGAGGCAGCUGUUGGCCAGGGGUCGACAGCGGGUCCUGAACAGACCACGACAACCGACACCACGAUGGCGAACGAUGACGAAGCGACCAAGGCGCAACAGCCUCGACGAAGACACCCGCCUCGUCGCGAUGACUUCGAAAGCAUCUUUGCCCCUACCAACACCCUCACUCUCAUCCACCCCAACAACCAGCCGAACCUCGCACUCCUCAAGUAUUACAACUAUGACAGCACAAAUCCGAACCCGCCACACCCCCUCCACCCUCUCGCUACGAACCUAUUGCCUAUUUCUUGGCUGCAGCUCCUGGAGCCCGAGGAGGACGUCACGUACUCGACGCCGCCCCCCGAGGUGUCGGAUGAGGUGCUGCACACCUGGAAGGCUAACCGCCGGGGCAACUACCAUCGCAAGCGGAGACGUUGGGCGCGGACGCGUUACAUCGUCGACUCGACGCGCGCCGGCGGUUUUUCCGGGCUCGUCAUCGCCAGCACGAUGGACACCAUUUCGAUCCUGCGGCACACGCUGCCGCUCCUGGCUGGCGGAGCACCGAUCGCCAUCUAUUCGCAGAGCAUCGAGCCGCUGACAGAGCUCGCCGACUGCUUCAGCAUCGCCCGCCGCGCCGGCUGGUCGUCAAAUCCGCCGGCCGAGACCGCCGGCAAGUCCAUCCAGGAGCUGGAGCGCUGGGAAGGCUCGGACGACUUUCCCAUCAACCCGACCCUGCUCCUAGGUGCUAACGUGCAGACGAGCCGGGCGAAGCGCUGGCAGGUGCUGCCCGGGCGCACGCAUCCCAUGAUGAUGGGCCGAGGCGGUGCGGACGGCUAUGUAUUCACUGGCUGGAAGGCCGUUCCGGCGGAGGGCAAAGUCGAGGCCCGAGGCAAGUUCAAGAGGAGAAAGGUGGAUGCGUGA